CGGGCACAGCUGGGCAUUGGAAAAGCGAGUUGUAAACAUUUAUAAACGUCAAACAUUGCCCUAAGUAAUCCGCCGGUGUGGAGUGUCGUUAUUUUGCUUAGUCUUCUAUUUUUCAAUAUAAGGACAUUAUUCAAGCUUGAAAAUGGCACGAAACGCUGAAAAGGCAAUGACAACGUUAGCUCGUUGGAGAGCAGCAAAAGAAGCAGAAGCUGGUGAGAAGGAUCGGCGACCGUAUUUGGCUUCGGAAUGUACAGAUCUUUCAAAAUGCGAAAAAUACAGAUUAGAAAUUAUCCGGGAAAUCUCGAAAAAAGUGGCACAAAUUCAAAACGCUGGUCUUGGCGAAUUCCGAAUACGUGAUCUAAACGACGAAAUCAACAAACUCCUACGCGAAAAACGGCAUUGGGAAAAUCAAAUUUCCGCAUUGGGUGGACCACACUACAGACGCUAUGGACCGAAAACAUUCGAUGCAGAAGGUCGUGAAGUGCCAGGAAAUCGUGGCUAUAAAUAUUUCGGAGCUGCUAAAGAUCUGCCGGGAGUUCGAGAGCUCUUUGAACAAGAACCACCACCAGCUCCGCGAAAAACACGUGCUGAAUUGAUGCGCGACAUAGAUGCUGAUUAUUAUGGAUACAGAGAUGAUGAUGAUGGCGUUCUCAUUCCGCUUGAAGAAAAGGUCGAAAAGUUAGCAAUGCAAAAAGCUAUUCAAGAGUGGAAGGAGAGAAUUCUUCAAGGUGCUGUUGAUACUGAAGAGGAAGAAGAAAUCUAUAAGUCCGAACCAAAACAGGAUGAGGAUGAAAAGAUGGCGAAUAGUGAGGAAACUGAUCCUAUGGAACUGCUUGGACCGAGAUUUACUGCUCAUGUUCCAGUGCCCACGCAGAAAGAUGUUGAAGCUGCUUUGCUGAGAAAACGGAAACAGGAGUUGUUAGAGAGAUAUUGUAUGGAUGAGUAGCAUUGAAAUAUCUUAUAUAAUAAAAAGUAUAUUUUUUCAUAUAAUCGCCUCAAACGUUGUACAUUGUAUGAUCUUAUUAUUAUAUUCUGUACGUAACGCUGACUCAGCGCUCCUUUGCUUGAUAAAGUUGAUUCAAUGUC